GUCUAUUUCGCCGGGAUGUUUCGGGUUGCCAAUGUGGAGUUCAUCCCAGAAUACCGCCAGGCAGAGUCCCAUGAGUUUGUCUUCAUGGCAACCAAUAUACAACACGUGGUGAGCAGUGUGUACAAGACGUCCUCCGUGGCCCAACUCUACAAGCAAGCCGUCAUUUCAGACCUCAGUAACAACGAUCAGGGCGGCGUGCUGGUGCAUUUCUGGAUGGUGUUCGUUGUCCCCCAGGUGAAGAGCGCAACGAUGUCUGAGGAAAUGAUAGAGGCCAUUCUCAGGAACUCGGUGCACACAAGUCUGCAGAACAGGUCGUCUGUUGGCUACCUGCUGGGCCUUCCUGUGGACAUGGACUCCAUCCUCAUCAACGUUGUUCAGCGUUCAGAUUACACAUCGAACACAGAAGACUCGCAGUGUGUAGAUAAACUGUACGCCAACAUUCCUGGGGUCAGCGUUCCUCUGAAUGUCUACUCAUCUUGGGGUGGUGUGAACUGCCAUGUGAAGCUGACCUCUGCGCCUUUCUCUCUGAUCCGCCUGACUGUCUCCUCAUUUCUCAUCGAUCCCACUGACUGUGUGAGCGAUGCCGUGGUGGUGUACGACGCUCUGCUGCCCAUGAGAGGGCGCAUUCUGCACAGCCUGUGUGAGCGAGUGUCCAGCUCCUUCUCCGUUGUCUCCACCUCCAACGUCAUGUUGCUGUCCUUCAGAAUGAGUGACAACAAGAGCUUCAAAGGGUACUUUGAGGCCAUCGCUGAAGAGAAAUGUUUGUCUCAAAUUGAGACCCAGCCUGGUGGUCAAAUCUACAGCCCCUUCUACCCCAGCCUGCUGCCCCCAAAGUGUUCCUGUAUCUGGAAGUUCAAGACUCCAAAUCCAGGUUUAGGAGUUGCACUUCACUUUGAGAACUAUGCAUUGAAAUCAAAGGACAUGAACGGCUGCAACAACGGCUGGUGGCGAGUGAACGAGGACAUUUUCUGUGGCAUCUACGUGGGGUACCACACGGUGUUUCGGGUCGAUCACCAGAGCCCAGAGGUGGAGUUUCGCUGCACUUCACCUAACUCUGUUCAGCCUUUUCAGGCCUCCUACAGCAGUUACAACAUCAGCCAUCCCUGUCCAGACAGCUACUUCUUGUGCACCACCGGGCUCUGUGUGGAGAGGAGUCGACUCUGCGACGGUCUGGAUGACUGCCAGGAUGAGAGUGAUGAGCUGUUCUGCUCAAGGCCCACAAUGAACUGUGGGAGCAGCAGUCCUCCACACCCUCUGCUUGUGUGCAAUGGAGAGAAGGACUGCAGCCGUGGCGAAGAUGAAAUCAACUGCACUCAAGAAACGACCUGCUCCGCGAUCAGGUAUCAGUGCAGCAAUGGAUCCUGCAUCCUGAAGAAGAACGCAAAGUGUGAUGAUGUUCCUGACUGUCAGGACCACAGUGACGAGGCCGACUGUGCAUGUGGUCACCCCACCCCGCUAAAGAAAGCAGGUUCAUCUACAGACCUCCAGCGGGUUGUGGGUGGAGUUAAUGCUGUGGAAGGGGAGUGGCCUUGGCAGGUCAGCCUACACUUUGCUGGCAGCCUGUACUGCGGUGCUUCGGUCCUGUCCCCUUAUUGGCUCAUCUCAGCCGCCCACUGCUUCAACAAAGACAGGCUCUCUGACCCGCGGUACUGGAGCGCCCACCUCGGCAUGCUGACGCAAGGCAGUGCCAAAUAUGUGGCGGAGAUCCAGAGGAUCGUGGUGCACGAAUACUACAACGCGUACACGUUUGAUUAUGACAUAGCCCUGCUGCAUCUGAAGAAGGCCUGGCCUCCCUCCCUCAGCCUGCUGGUCCAGCCCGUGUGUCUCCCAUCCUCCUCCCACACUGUCACCGAGAGCCACCGUUGCAUAGUCACAGGGUGGGGGUACCGAUCCGAGGACGAUAAGAUUUUGCCCUCAGUUCUUCAAAAAGCACAGGUGUCUGUCAUGACUCAGACCGAGUGUCAAAAGAUUUAUGGCCUCAUCUCUCCACGCAUGCUAUGUGCCGGGGUCCCUUCAGGAGAGCGAGACGCCUGUAGGGGGGAUUCAGGAGGUCCAUUGUCAUGUCAGGCUCCAGGUGGGAGUCGUUGGUUCCUGAUCGGGAUUGUCAGCUGGGGGUCCGGCUGUGGCAGACCAAACUUACCCGGAGUUUACACCAGAGUGAACAAAUUCACCUCCUGGAUCUACAGCCAUAUCAGCUGA